AUGAGUCUUGAAGAAAAAGUCUUUAGAAUAUCUAAAGUAACUCAAAAGAUCUUAGGAUUUAUUAAUAAUUUUGAAGAUUAUAAAAAUGUUGAAGAAUCUUGUCCACUUUUUAAAUAUCAUUUACAAAAUUUAUCAUGUUCAUUAAAAGUUAAAGAAGAUAAUUUAUGUUAUCUUACACUUAGGGAAAUUACAGAAGAAAAUACAAUAGCAAUAAAAAUAAAUAAUGAUGAUGAAUUUCGAGUUAAUAAUCUAAGAAAAGAUCCAUUAAAAUUAAGAAAUAUUCUGGAACAUUGUUCACAAAUUGUUAUUAUAUAUAAUUAUAAAAUAAUUUCAUCAUGGUACAAAAAAGAAGCAAUAUUAACAACAAAUUAUAUAUUAAAAAAUAUAUGUAAAAAUAUAUCAACAAUAAUGUUUUAUUUUUCACAAAAUAAUGCAUCUGAAUUUUGGACAUAUCUUUUACCAAUGUUUAGUACAUUAAAAUUAACCAAAAUUGGACAAUUUUUUUCUAGAUAUUUUUCUGAAAAAUGUCAAGUCUGCCAACCAAGGUUAUUUGAUUUUCAAAAUUAUAAAUAUUUAAAAUUUAUUGAUACAUCAUUACUAGUACAUACAGAAUAUUAUGAAGAAGAUACUCGUAUGAUAAAAUGGUUAAUAAAAUCAUUAAGAAAUAAUUUACCAAUAACUUUUGUUAUUAGAAUUUUAUCUAAUUCUGGUAAUAAUAAUGGUAUGUAUGAAGGAAAUUAUAAAGAUCUUUUAUCAUCAACAUUUGCUAAAGAAGUUGUUAGAAAUAUUAAUAAUUCACCUCAUUAUGUUUAUCUUGAAUUAAAUACUAUAUCAUGGGAUAUCUCAUCAUGGUUAGGUAGAGGUAAUAAGAAAGAUUUUAUCUAUCCACCUAAACGUUUUAAACAAAUAUGUUUUAAGAAGAUAAAAUAUUUAACAAUUAAUUUAAAUAAUCAUUAUUAUUUUCCAAAUUUUUUAAAAUUUUAUUCAUUUACAAAUUAUUGUAUUUUGGAAAGUUUAACAAUUGUUAUAAAAGAAAAUUUUGAAGAAGAGUUAACAUUAAAUAUGUUAACAAAUUUAUUAAAAACAUUAAAAAAUGUUUCAUCAUUUAAAGAAUUAACAAUAACAAAUAAAAAUGAAUUUGGACAAAGUUAUUUUGAAUAUAUUGUUCAACAUAUACCAUUAAAUAUUAAAAAAUUGGUUUUUGAUGGGUAUAUAUCAUAUUCAAAUAUUAUAUUACAAUCAAUUAUAACAAGAUGCCCAUUAAUAGAAUUUUUAGUUAUGGGUAAACCUAUAUAUGAACAAUCAUUACCAUCAUUAUUUUUAUUUUCAUUAAAAAACUUAAAAUAUUUAAGUUUUUGGUGUUUUGAAGAGGAAUAUUUUCAUAUACCAAGUACAUGUAUUGGUAUAAAAAUUGAAUGUCAUUGUUCCUGGUUAUCUGAUGAUCAUGAUUAUACAUGUAUAAGAAAAAUUCUUAAAUAUCGAUAUUUAAAAAUUCUUCAAAUAGUUGAUCAAAAUAAUUUAUUUAAUGGAAAAUUUAUUUAUUUUAAUAAAACAGAAGAUUGUUUAAUAUUAAAAAAUUUAUAA